GAGUCAAGUCAGUCUCUAAGAGAACGGCCGACAGUGAACAAGAAAUCGGCCCCACAAAUGGUGACAUAAGUGAAGUGUUGAUUUUGUGUUUCGAUUUGGUUUUUUUUUUUUUUUAUUAUAUAUGACAACCGUCCAAUAUGCUCAUCCAGAAGAAUCUGCUCUUCCAUAUUAUGAUCUCAAUAUGCGUGGCAAGAGAAAUCGACUGGAAUUAUGAUUUAAUGACCGAAGAAGCCAAUAAUCAAAGGAUCGCUCAUACCGCAGUUGAAGAAAAGCCAGCUUUCCGAGGUAAAAAACAGAUUUUAAACCAAGAAAGGAGUACGACGGCAGCGCCGGACGACGAUGAAGAUAAAAAAACACUAGCGCAACAGGUCGCCGAUGGAAAGUACGGGUUGAUACAGACAGAAUUGUUCUCUCGGCCGGUGAAACGUCCAGGGAUUUUGAGUUACGAGAUUAACCCAGAAGUACCUAAAGACAACGUCAACAAUUUAGGAGGUCUCCAACCAGAGGAGAUAUGGCUGGCGGAAAAUCAUUUGCUCGUCCUCAAAGGUGGUGGAUUCAGUAGCCAGGAGCAGAAUGGUAAAUCCAUCUGGCCGCCGAUCGACAAUUACAUUGCUCCACAACGUCAGGUCAAGAUUCCCCCAAACCCAAAAGUGCCUCCACCCUUCCCGGUUCAGUUAAAAGACGGGGGCCCAAUAGAAUUUAUUCGGGGCGUGAACGGAAGUGGAGGCCCUCCACCAUUUUUCGAUCCCAGAUUCGGACCACCACCGUUUCUUCUUCCAGGCGGCCAACCAGAUGGAAACCUAAAAGAAAUUCUGAAGCCACUGGGAAACUCCACAGAGGGGAACGGCCGACGACCGUUCCCCUUGCCAGGACCAGGGAUCGGCUUAUUUCCGCCCGCCGUCGCCUUCUUACCGCCCCCAGGAAACUUCACAGAGUUGGACGAAGACGACCCAAGCAUUUACUACCCUCCUCCGUAUGAUUUCUUCUACCCGAAGGAUAAUUCUUCCCAUGUACCGCCGGGGCCUCUCGUACCUGGAAUAAUACUGCCUCCGCCGCCGAACUUCUUCGCGCCGUAUGACAAGAACAAACCGCAUACACACAAACCGAGCCAUUCGCAGAGGAAGCCGUCUAAAUCCAGACCGACCCAAUAUCUCCACGAGCACAUACACAACAAACCACGUACGACUAAACCACCCAAACCGACGGUUGUUUAUAAAGUCUCAACGCUCCCGACAUCCACUACAACUGCACCACCGGAGUCGACAUCAGCACCGAUCACAAUAACCGUCACCGAUAACACUCCAAAUGAAAUUCAACGUCCGAGAACGCUACCACCGAAUACACCAGUAGGAGAUUGGGUCCCCAUCCCGGCACCGCGUCCGUUCUACAUCAGUGACUUGAACAGCCUCAAGCCUACUAUAUCUAGCAACGAUGCAUAUAAAAUAAAAUACGACCUGCCUAAAAACGGUUGGGUUUACUCCAAUAUCACGGAAUUCAAUGGGAAACCAAAGAUUACCGAUCCCCUCAUUCGAGGCUGGGAUCAACAGUUCAAUUAUCAAUCCGAAAAAAGGGGUCGCCAUUUUACAUCAACUGAAGCUCCACUGUACACAGGCUUCAAACCUAUAUUUGUGACGCAAAAUCGUGUCAAGACGACAACUCAGCCUGAAGUAAAUUUUGUUCCAAAUUACAACAUCAAAACGCCUAAGGAGUACUAUUUUUAUGAAGAGCCUCAGAUCGCGGAUGGAAAGUUUGUCAAUCAUCAAAGAACACCCUACGGAUCUUCCACACCGGAUUAUUACGAUUAUCAAAACAAGGAUAACUAUGAAACAAACACCCUUUCACCUCCGCCUUUGCUCGGGCAUGUUUCAGUAAAAAACCCUUCUGAAAAUGGCAGAGUCCGACCUCUGAACAUGAAUUACUUCGAAGAGCAUUUUGUUAAACCUACUAUAUUAUCGACCCAGCCAUCAGACGAUUAUUAUUACAAAAACGAUAAGAAAGAAAACAAAGGUUAUUUAUAUAACGCGCCUACUGGUCCCCCAGUGAAUAUAUUCAGAAACGAAUAUGUGGCCAAUUUGGGGCAGAGAAAAAAUCUAACCGGUACGAAAACUACGACAGAGAAACCGCCAGUUUACGAGUACAGUUACUCAGCUCCGGGCUACGGUUCCAUAGAAGCGCCGAAAGUAGGGAUCAACUACGGAACUACACCUAAACCACUUGUAUUCGAAACGAAUUUCACCCCUCUUAAAAAGCAUCAAUUCAGUUUCUUCGAAUACCAAAGCAGUCCUAAAGCGAACAUCUUCGAAAAAGAGUACACCACAGCACGGCCGCAGUAUUAUUCCCAUACUCAUCGUCCACCCUCCUACAACGACGAAGCUUACAAUUCCGCUUUAUACAAAACGCCUUCACCUUACAGUAACGUAUUUCAUCAAGACAUGGGACUCCUUGAUGACAUUACAAAAAAAUAUUUUACAUUAUUUGGUCAAAAACUGAAUAACGAGGGUUUAAGUGAACCUCUCACGACACCACUGACUCCGGUUCAGAACGUACCUAAAAAACAAUACUACAACGUAUAUUCUUCUGCUCAAAGCACUACUGAAGUAGCAAAGCAGAACAUCAAAUUCCCAGAUGAUGUUUAUGAAAUUCAAAACGAUCAACAAUACUAUUCCAAACCACAAGCGGUCAGUUUGCCGAAUUACAGGCAAGGAUUAAACAAACAUAAUCCAAGGCCGAAUCAUGGCUUCUCCAACUACUAUAGACUAUCUAGUCCACAAUAUCAGUCUUAUGAAGAUGCGGAUCGAGAACUGGUCAGACCAGGGCACCCUCUUCAUUCCGACAUAAGUGUCAAUUUCAAAAAUCCGCAUCCGACUGUAAAUCCGGAUGCGGAAUACAUAAACCCAUACUACUUACAGCAAACAAGGCCGAGAGGAAAUGCAUUUAUAUCGUACCAACUACCAGGCAGUGGUGGACAUUUUUAUUUUCUGACACCGCAGACUGUAAAGCCAGAUGGCUAUCACCUGCUAAACCAAGGAUUUAAAUAUCCCGACGCUGAAAACGGAGGCUAUUUCAAACGGAAUACUCAGACUAAACCUCCCAGGCCUAGAAGGACUCGACUUGAAAAUAAUUCUCCUAAGCCAAUUAAAUAGAAGUUCAAUAGCAUACUGUAAUAAAUUAACAACAAAGUGAUUCUAAAUAAAUGUUUUUAUGAGGAUUACAGUGAUUCAAAUUAAUAUACUGUGAUGUAGGUUUUAUUUAAUUUGUGUAUAUUAACUUUAAAAGUGAUUUUAUGAGGAAUGAACUCUUCUUAUUGACUGAAGAACUGGGUAUGUUUUAAUAAUCAGUAAAGUCAGUCGAAAUGUUUCAAAUUUGACAAUUUGUAUACAUUUAUUUAAUUUUACGUUUUGAACUAUUAUAUUGCAAAGGGUAUGAUUAUAAAGUACUAAGUAAUUAGUCACUUGAUUAGUAAAUAGGCUAUAACCCUUGAUUUUGUAGUCUUUUUACUUCAAAGAAAUUAUGUACAUGAAAUUUAAUUAAAGAAAGCACAAUUUUAACAUGACAAAAUUAUUUUUUAAAUGUAAAUGAUUAAUGUAAACAUUUUGGUGAGUGUCUCCGAUGAGUCUUAAAAACAUAAUACUUUUGAUUAUAGAUUUAUCCAAGUUGUUAAUUAAAAUAAGAGACUUUCGAAAGCCAAAUUUCAUUAUUAGGAUAUUGAAAAUCUUAUUUGUCUGCGUGUGAAUGUGUGAUGAUCACCCUUAUGUAUUUUUAUAAAUUAUGAUUUUUAAAAAAAUGCUAGUUUUCAUUUUUAAAUGGAUUUCAAAGUCAAAUGAAAUCUCCAGUUGCCAUGUAAUAUAUUAGUUUUGUUCAUAAAUAGUGUGAUUUCUCUGCAUUCACAGUUAACUACAAAAGGUUAAUAAUUUUGUAAAUAGAAUUAUUUAUGUUCAUGAAAAAAAGAAGAAAAAAAACAGAUGUCACUGUUCAUAAUGAAAACAUGCUUAUUUUUAAAAAAAAUUAGCUGAAUUCUUUUAAAUAUAAGGUUUUGUAACGAUUGUUUUAGAGUAUAUAACGUUGAUAGCAGGUCGAAUGCUAAAUAUAUAAUUGUUUAUAUUGUGAUAACGAAAAUGCCUCUAAUUGUCUUCUUUAAAAAAUUAGGAAUUGUUUCUUGAUGAAAAUAGUUACUAGACAGGCAUGGCAUUUUGUAUAAAAAAAAGUAAAUGUUUUUAGUAAAUUUAAUGUAAUAUUGCAAUUAAAAAAAUAACAUGUUACA